CGGGUGGGCUGCGCGGCCACGGAGGAGGCGCCUCGGCAGCCGGGAGGUGUCGCUGCCCGCCGCCGCGCUCGGGUAGGGGCUGAGCAGCUGUGGCGGGGGGGGUGAGGUUGCCGUGCCGAUGCCCUGGGAGGCGCUUGAGCCGUGGAAGCGGUCUGUGGGUGAAACCUCCUCCGCGGGUCUCCUCCCGCCGCAGACGCCUUCCCCUGAGCUGGCAGGAGGAGCAGGCAGGCACUGCUGGCAGAGCGAGGCGACGGCGGUGUGAUCAUGGCCGCUCAGUCUUCGUCCACACAGCAGCUGCUGCGCUACAGCGUGAAGUUGAUCUUCGCCGAGGAGGAGCUGUCAGCAGGGCUGAAGCUCAACAGCCCCAGCCAGACAGCCCUGCAGCUGGAGGUGCAGCUGGGAGACGAGGACGCGGACGUGACCGUGACAAACGCUGACGGAGUCCGUGUGUUUAAAUGCCUGAUUAACAGAGACACUGAAUAUUGUCGUGUGGGAAAACAGUCUUUGUUAAUUACAGUGGGAUACAACAGUGCCUUGAUUCAGUUCAAAUCACAAUCUGAAUACAGCACAUUUUCAGAUGCGUUGAAGAAAUGUCGUAACAAAAAUAAGGAGGGCUCUGUGUUCAGUCAACGAACAGAUGAAGCAUCUGCGCUUCAGUAUUUUCAGUUUUAUGGCUAUCUGUCUCAACAACAGAAUAUGAUGCAGGAUUUUGUGAGGACAGCAACUUACCACAGAGCUAUCCUACAGAACGACGUAGAUUUUGUAGACAAGGUGGUCCUAGAUGUUGGCUGUGGAUCAGGAAUCCUUUCAUUUUUUGCAGUGCAGGCUGGAGCUAGAAAAGUCUAUGCAGUGGAAGCCAGUACAGUAGCAAAACAUGCAGAGCUGUUGGUGAGAAGCAAUAACCUUUCUGACAAGAUCGUAGUUCUGUCUGGAAAAAUUGAGGAGAUCUCUCUGCCUGAGAAUGUUGAUGUGGUAAUUUCCGAACCGAUGGGUUAUAUGUUGUUCAAUGAACGAAUGUUGGAAACUUACCUCCAUUCCAAAAAAUGGUUGAAGACGCGUGGGAUGAUGUUCCCAACAUUCAGUGACAUUCAUUUGGCUCCUUUUUCUGAUGAGCAGCUGUACAUGGAACAUUUCUCCAGAGCCAAUUUUUGGUACCAAGAAUGCUUUUAUGGGGUCAAUCUGUCUAGUCUGCGCACUGCAGCUGUGGAUGAAUAUUUCCGACAACCUAUUGUG